GUUCAUAUCAGCAGACUCUUUCAUCCGGUAGCUCCAACGAGCUCCUCUUUGAAGGGUUUGAGUCUAGCCUCCCCCUGAAACUCCUUCGCGCCUGCAUUACCGCCGUUGUCAUUUAGCACAGGACUCACGCUGUACAUUUUGCAAUCUUUCUUGUUACCACAAGCCUUGAAGGAUGUCUUUUUGCAAGAGCCAAGUCGAUGUUGAAAUGGAAGAUGUAUCCGCCCCCCCCGGACCUGUUAGCCAGGCAUCAAUUCAAAUGAGUGCUACGCAGGAGCAUCAAGGCAGAACCGGGUUGGAGCAUACUUUCCCUAUCGAGCAACACGGCAUCUGCAUGAGGGGACUGGUUCAGGCGAUGAAGCUCGAUGCCCAAAAGCAGGAGCAACUUGUCGAGGUCAUCGCCUGUGUUCUGGAUUGCACUGUUGCACGGAACGAUUCGAAUGGAAGGAAGUCGGACCUGGUGGCUUUCGAAGGAAGUCAUGCUCCCAUCGCAGCCUCUGCAUAUGUCCGGCGCAUCAACAGAUAUGGUGGGUGCAGCCCGUGCUGCUUUGCUGUGGGUUUAAUGUACCUCGAACGGUUGAAGAGGAGGAACCACAGUGUAUGUUUGAACUCCUGCAACUUCCAGAGGCUGUACCUGGUGGCAGUGAUGACUGCUGCGAAGUUCUUGGACGACUUCUACUACUCCAACAAGCACUGGGCUGAGGUUGGUGGGAUCAGCCUGCAGGAGCUGAACUGCCUCGAGCUCGAGUUUCUGUUCCGGAUGGGGUUCGGCCUGAACAUCACCCGCGAGGAUUACGAGUCUUACUUCACGAUGCUCGUUGGUAAUGGAAGCCCGGCCGCACAGGGUCAGGCAGCAAAUGCUCAGGGAAAGAAGGAGGAUGGGAUGGGCCACAAGGCCCUUUCAUGGUGCGAUGUGACCAAUGCGAUCACAAGCAUGGCCCACUGAAAAGUUGGGCUUGUGAGCACAGCAACGAAUGGAUCAGACGAACAAAUGACCCCAAGGGAAUGUUCAACUAAGAGGACCUCUAACACAGUCUUCUACCUCUGUCACAUUACCACAAAUUGUACUCGACACUCGACACUUGUCCACCAUGAUCUUGAAGUGGUAAAGACUUACCACUCUCAACCCUCUUCAGCUUCGUAGCCUUCAUAAUGUAUUCUUUUCUUUUUUUUAAGGUUAGGUCAUCAAUGUAUUUCAAAAAGUCAAUAAAAAGUUUCAUUACUCAUG